AUGACUGUUGACCCCCCCACCACUAAUGGCUGUACAAAGUCACAAGAAGUCUCUCCAUUAGAUUCAAUUCCCUCACUCCCCUUAUUUCUCGAGGCACAGAAAGUCUCGCAGCACAAUGCGAGGAAAGUUGCGGUGAUAGAUGCGGCCAAGGGGGAGCAAUUCACUUACACGCAGCUCUUAGUGGAUACGGCAGCGUUGAAAGAGAUCAUUCUCAAGGAAUUGAGGCUGAAAGAUCUGGAAGAAAGACGCAUCGCCUUCCUGGUCCCAAAUGGAUACGACUAUGUUGUUACCCAGUGGGCCAUCUGGGCUGCUGGUGGCGUUUGCGUGCCCCUCUGUACAACUCAUCCGGUCAAGGAAUUGCUUUACACAAUAGAGGACUCGGACCCAUCCUUGGUCAUUCUGCACCCCGCGUUCGACAAGUUCAAGGAGCCGCUACGUGAGUUAAUAACCAGAAAUGUGCCAUUCAUGGCUCUCCAGCCUUUUCAGGCGAGCGAGGACUUCUCAUCACAUUCUCUGCCUACAUUCAGCCCUGUCUCCUCCCUGGAUCGAAGGGCGCUGAUGAUCUACACAUCUGGCACAACCUCCAAACCCAAAGGUUGCGUCACAACGCACAAGAACAUCACCUUUCAAGCGAGAUGUCUCGUCAAAGCGUGGAAGUACGGCCCAUCUGACCACCUCAUCCAUGUCCUACCGCUUCAUCACGUCCAUGGGAUCAUCAACGGUCUGACAGCUAGUUUACUCAGCGGAGCUACGGUCGAGAUGCACCCCAAAUUUGACCCGCAAGUCAUAUGGAAUCGGUGGCAGGAUCAGGGCUCUUCUACGAUGUUCAUGGCCGUCCCGACGAUAUACUCUCGCUUGGUCCAUUACUUCGAGGCCAACAUCCGCGGCACAGACAAGGAAGCCGCUGCGCGAAGUGGCGCCAACGCCUUGAGGCUCGUUGUAAGCGGUUCCGCGGCGCUCCCUACCCCUAUCAAAACCAAGUUCGCCGCAAUCACAGGCCAGACCCUUCUGGAGCGAUACGGCAUGACAGAGAUCGGCAUGGCCCUCAGUUGCGGGCUGGAAGUCGAGAAGCGGAUAGACGGCAGCGUCGGCUGGCCUCUGCCUGGUGUGCAGGUGCGUCUGGCCGACAAGGAAACGGGAGCAAUCAUCGAGUCUGCAAACGAGGACGGCAUGAUUGAGAUCAAAGGUGAUAACGUUUUCCUCGAAUACUGGCGAAAGCCCGACGCGACAGCCAAGGAAUUCACUGCCGACGGAUGGUUCAGGACGGGGGAUGUCGCGCGGCGCGAUGAUUCGGGCGCAUACUUCAUCCAAGGCCGGGCGUCGGUUGACCUGAUCAAGUCUGGCGGCUAUAAGAUCUCUGCUCUAGAGGUGGAACGGAAAAUGCUCGGCUUGGAUGCCAUCGAAGAAGUUGCAGUCGUGGGCCUGGCGGACGAGGAAUGGGGCCAGCGAGUCGCUGCUGUUGUCAAGCAACGGCCUGGGACCGAGCCGCUGGAACUUCAGAGCCUUCGCGCGCAACUCAAGCAGGAGAUGGCCCCUUACAAGAUCCCGACAAUUCUGAAGAUUGUGGACAGUAUCGAACGCAAUGCAAUGGGUAAGGUGAACAAGAAGAUAAUCGUGCAGAAAUACUGGCCUGAUAAGGCUUGA